GCGCCCUGGUCCCCGCCCCGAGCCGACCGAGUCUGAGCAGCCCGUGGUUCCCCUCCCGGCCGCGGAGAGCGCGCGGUGCGCGGGCGCCGCCAGUUAAAGUGUAUUGGGGCAAGGGUCCGGCUGCCGCCGACGCCGCUGCCGGUUCCUCCUGCUCCUUCCUACUCCUGCUCUGCUGCAGCCAGCUGUCCCGGCGCUCGGCUCCAGCUGCCGAGGACAAUUGAAAAUAGCGUGUAGGCUGGUACUGGCCGCAGACGACUCUGAAUCCUGUCACAUCUGGGUAUAAGAAGUAAAUCAUCACGUAUCCUCUCCGUGAAUGUGAGAAGACUUGGGCUGGAAGUAUGUGGUGCAUCCUGCGAGGCUGGCGUCGAGGGCACGUGAGACCAUGGGGAGUGCUGGGGCAGGAGUGGCCGCCCGGCAUCCGUGCUCUGGCCAGGGCAGCCUCCACAAGUGGGGACGAAUACACUCACGUGGUGGUGGGUGCAGGCUCCGCGGGCUGUGUGCUGGCCGGACGGCUCACGGAGGACACUGAUAAACGUGUGCUGCUGCUGGAGGCUGGGCCUAAGGACAUGCGUGCAGGGAGCAAGCGGCUCUCGUGGAAGAUCCACAUGCCCGCGGCCCUCGUAGCCAACCUGUGUGACAACAGGUACAACUGGUACUACCACACGGAGCCGCAGACGGGCCUGGACGGCCGCGUGCUGUACUGGCCGCGCGGCCGGGUGUGGGGAGGCUCCUCGUCCCUCAAUGCCAUGGUCUACAUCCGCGGGCAUGCUGAGGACUACAACCGCUGGCACCGAGAAGGCGCGACGGGUUGGGACUACGCGCACUGCCUGCCCUACUUCCGCAAGGCGCAGCACCAUGAGCUGGGCGCCAGCAGGUACCGAGGCGGCGAAGGCCCGCUGCACGUGUCGCGGGGCAAGACCAACCACCCGCUGCACCGGGCAUUCCUGGAGGCAGCACAGCAGGCCGGCUAUCCCCUCACCGAGGACAUGAACGGCUACCAGCAAGAAGGCUUCGGCUGGAUGGACAUGACUAUCCAUGAAGGCAAGCGCUGGAGCGCGGCCUGCGCAUACCUGCACCCAGCACUGAACCGCUCCAACCUCAGAGCCGAAGCCCGGGCAUUCGUGAGCAGAGUGCUGUUUGAAGGCACCCGCGCAGUGGGCGUGGAGUACAUCAAGAAUGGCCAGAGCCACAGGGCUUAUGCCAGCAAGGAGGUGAUUCUGAGUGGAGGUGCCAUCAACUCUCCACAGCUUCUCAUGCUCUCAGGUGUCGGCAAUGCAGAUGACCUCAAAAAAUUAGGCAUCCCGGUGGUGUGCCACCUUCCAGGAGUAGGCCAGAACCUGCAAGACCACCUGGAGAUAUACAUCCAACAGGAGUGCACUCGCCCCAUCACCCUCCACUCAGCACAAAAGCCCUUGAGGAAGCUCAUGAUAGGUCUGGAGUGGCUCUGGAAGUUCACAGGGGAUGGAGCCACAGCCCAUCUGGAAACAGGUGGGUUCAUCCGGAGCCAGCCUGGGGUCCCCCACCCCGACAUCCAGUUCCACUUCCUGCCCUCCCAAGUGAUAGACCAUGGGCGGGUCCCCACCCAGCAGGAGGCUUACCAGGUGCAUGUGGGGACCAUGCGGGGCACAAGUGUGGGUUGGCUCAAACUGAGGAGUGCCAACCCCCAGGACCACCCUGUGAUCCAACCGAACUGCUUGUCAACAGAAACCGAUGUCGAUGACUUCCGUCGGUGUGUGAAGCUGACCAGAGAAAUUUUUGCACAGGAAGCCCUGGCACCAUUCCGGGGGAAAGAGCUCCAGCCAGGAAGCCAGGUCCAGUCAGAUAAAGAGAUAGACGCGUUUGUGCGGGCAAAGGCGGACAGUGCCUACCACCCCUCGUGCACCUGUAAGAUGGGCCAGCCCUCCGAUCCCACUGCCGUGGUGGAUCCACAGACCAGGGUGAUUGGGGUGGAAAACCUCCGGGUGGUCGACGCCUCCAUCAUGCCCAGCGUGGUCAGCGGCAACCUGAACGCCCCCACAAUCAUGAUCGCAGAGAAAGCAGCUGAUAUCAUCAAGGGGCAGCCCGCACUCUGGGACAAGGAUGUCCCCGUGUACAAACCCAGGACCCUGGCCACCCAGCGUUGAGGCAGUCACUGCCUGAGAAGCCCCUGGACGAGCCAUGAGGGCCAGCACAGUCCUUGUUCCGAAUGCUCUUUUCUGAAACUAUCUAGAAUGUUAGGAUUCAAUGGCAAAGAAUUGGAUAAUUUAAGAAAUGAGGCCAGUACUGGUCUCAGGUUCCUCGUCCCCAGCAUUUUCCUGUUGGCCCUGGGGGGUAGGUCAAAUUUCUGGCUGGGGCCCCUCUUCCCUGCCUUGUGGAGGAUAGCUAACUCCUGUAUUGUCCUUGUCUUGUAUUCCAAGGUGCUCUCCAACCCAGGGUCCCGCUGCCUUCCUCAGUCCUGGCUGGACUUGAGGAAAGUGGUUCUCUCCCAGGCCUCCCUCUGAAGGCACACCACUCAAACAGCAGGGUGCUGUGCAGAGGCUGGUUGUCGACUAGAUCUGCACUGUCUUGUCCAAGCUGUAACUGAGACCCAGAGUCACUCAAUAGUUAGGGAGCGAGGGAGCUCACCUGGGACGUGUGCAUAAGCCUUUUCCUGGUCAGCCGGGAGAGCUGCCUGCUAGAGGAAACACAGCUUCUCCCUUCUUUUCUGCUUCCUGAUUUCACUCUUGGAAUGAGGCGGGAACUGGUGCUCAGCUGGGUCACUCUGAGGGGCUUGCAGCCCACCUGUCUGAUGCUCUAGUUCUUACUAAACACAGCCUAUCAAGAGGAUUUCUGGACUUUGUUCAGGGAGAGAAGAAUCUGGAGAGACUCUUCACAACCACAGGUUUCACGAUUUAGCAUUUUAAAAGAUGUUCCUAUUACUGGGAAACCUAGGACCCAGAGCAAACCCCACAUACCAGACCACCGCUCCAUGUCAAAGCAGCUAGCCCGAGAGGACGCUUUCCCCUCAGCCUGGGGAAAUGAGUCAGCACUGGACAAGGCUGGCUAAUUCUUAUUCUCCAGAUGUCCGUGGGAACAGACCAGGAUGGAGCCGAGACUGGCAGAAAAGGCAGCCGAGACUGGCAGAAAAGGCAGUCAAGUAAAACUAUGCUCCCUGAUUCUGUAAAAAUGCAAUUGAGAGAAAGAAAAAUAAAUGGUCAGAGAUUUGAGUUUCGGAGGAAAAAAAAAACCAGACACAAGUAGCAUUUAAAAUAGUUCUUAGUUCUUUGAUCUUUAAACUUUUUAUAAUUCAAUAAUGUAAUCCAGUAAUUUAUUUUUUUUAACUGAGAUGCCUUAUUCAGAUGGUUUUUACAAGGUAAAGAAAACUAAAUGCAUUUUGGAUUGAUUUUUCUGAAGCUAUUCAAAGCCACCGUCUAUGGCAUGGAAGAAAAGAACUGCUAUAUAGAAACCUGCCAUGCUGGGCCCAGAAUACAGAAGGGAGAAAAAUGGGGCACUCUAGUCUCCUCCCAGGAUCAGACUGGAUGGAUGUGACUUGGAGGCCUGGCAGCCACAACUUAUGUUUCUGAGAAACACCUUCCAGAAACGUGGAAAGAACAAAACCAUCAUACCUCUUUUUCCUUUAAAAAUUUGAAGCAGCCUCUCAUUUAAAUCUUACCUAUAUCCUGCUUUCCUUUGUUCCAAGGGAGGUUCGAGAAAGAAAAUUCUCAAUCUGCCCAGAGAUUUCUUUCUCCUAAAGAGGCUUGCUCCCUGUCCCACAGCUUUGGUCCACAGCCAUCAUCUUAUGGGUCUUGGAGCCACCUGCAGGGGUGAAGGAACCACAGAGGAGUGUAGGUGCCAGCCUCCCCUGGCCCCUCCCCAGCUCUGAGGGCCAAGGAGUAACAACCUAGGUGUGUAGGGGGAUCCCAGGCGACUGUGGCUAUACUGACCUUCUUGGUAUGGAUAUGACAGGUGACACAGCCAUUUAGUUCUGCCAUCUCUGCAUUCUGUGGUGUCCUCAGCCUUCGAGACAAUGGCCGAUUUGCUACUGUGGCUAUACUGUGAGUUAAGGAAAAUAACAUGUCCCUGUACAGCUUGAAUUGUAUCCCGGUGCCUCUCUCACUCUUGUUUAUGCGUCCUUGUUCCUGUGAUCACACGAUUUAGCCACACACAGAAAUAAGUUUCAAAAGAGAAGAUUAUGAGUGUCCUGUCCCCAGGACCCACAGAAGUCCAAGUGGAAGACUGUGCCAUUGGGGUUCAGACACAGGACGCAACAGUCUGCCUUGAAGUGGUUCCUCAGUUGAGCCGACAGCUGAGGGUUGUGGCUGUCUGGGCAGAGCGGAGCGGUGGCCCAUAUCAUAACAAUGGGACUGUCUGAACAUUCCACUGCCACGAGGGAACCCUCCAUUUCAGAAAAAGAGUUGUUGACUGAGGAAGCCAGAGAAGGGAGAAAGUGCCGACUGGAGUUGGGGAGGAAGAGCCCAGAGACCAGGCUAGCACUCAGCCUCUCACGGAGUCGGGCAAACAUUGUCAGUUACACCCGAGCAAAAA